CUGGAAUCACACCUUCCACACAAAGGUCUGCAGCGGUACUGUUCGGCCCGCGAGGUUCCUCCCAAUCCAGAGGCUUUGCGUUUCCAUAGAGACGCCCUGACCAUGGAGCUACUGUGGCUGCAGCAGGCCAUUGACAGCAGGAAAAAGGUGAGCCUGUGAUGUAGUGUUUCCCUUCAUUUAAUCAGCACUGUGGCAGCCCACUGCAAGGCCACUUGUUUGGAUUUAUUAUGGUGACAUUUAUUUGACCUCACUAAGUCAGUGGCGUUAUUUAUUUAAUGACUGCCAACAGUCAGGUUCUGUGUGUAUUUUGGGUUGGAUGGUGGUACUGCUUCAAGUAAAAAAAAAAAAAAAAAAAAAUUAAAAAAGCUUGUCGACCUUCAUUUUUCGCAUAUUUGUUAAGGAAUUUUGCCACAGGAGAUGAUUGAAAAUAUUGAAUUAAUCUGUGACUGUGUCCAAAGAGUGGCACGCAGCUUCUUUUUUCUUGGCCCACGACAGACCUGUGUACUACUUUCCUACUCUGCAGUGUCACAGUCGAGUGAUACACUCAAAGUGUGAAACAAAGUCAACCAUUUUAAAACGGUAACUGAAAUAAAAUAAAAUUUUAACUCACUUCUUGAUGUGGCAGAAAAGUAGCAAAAGUAGCGUAUAUGACAGCAUCAGCUUCAUGGUUUUAACAUUAACUGUCAUAUAAGUGUAAAAAUAAGCUAAUGCUGUGUAGUCAAACUUAAAUACAACAAACAUUCGCUACACACCAUUAAAGUAGUGGUGGGAUUGGUGCAUUCAGACAAACCAGUAAUUGUCGCUUUAACUAAUUGUACUGAGCAGCCAGAGCAGAGACGUUUGUACCCCUAUCCGAUACAGUCAUCCUGCGCAAUCCUGCGGUUCGAACGUCGAUCCCUCACUCUAUCGCGUUUUUUCAAAAAAUGGCCUGUUAUUAGUCAAAACAAGACAAGGCACAUGUAGGAUUCUGGUCACUAAGCCGCAGUAAUGUUACAUUGAUGAGACAUUAAAUUAGAUUACAUUACCUUGCAUGGAGUCAGCCACGGCGUGUCCGCCAUGACAUAGUAAAAAAAAAAAAAAAAAAAGUUAUGCUCCCAUUCUGUGUGGAAGUGGUAAGUUUUUUGGCUUCUUACUUUGUCCUUCUUCCCCACUAAGUUUGAAACCCUUUCUUAAGUUUAGAAUAAAUAAAUUAGAGGCUAAAUAGUUUGCUUGGUAUCUUGCUAUGCUAAAAGCUCAGUCUCUAGUGUCCCUGCAGUGACACUGCGCAUUAGAGUUGUGCAAUGUGGUGUAAACAAAGAAUAAUAGGAGUGUAAUGGUGACUAUAGGGGUGUUAUUUCAUGUCUACAGGCUCUAAUAAUGGUAAGAAAUGAAUUUAGAAAGCCAUAAACAGGUUUUCUAUGCUCCAACUAUGAAAAUAUUCCAUUUAUUAAUAUUGAAUCCUACUUCAAGGAAAUUCACUUCACCAAUUAACUGUGAUAAACGAGUAACGACUGUAUUACUGUACAUUCAGCUCCAAUUGCUGUCCUAUGGUCGUCGUCACAAAUGUAUUCCUCUUUGUCAUCAUUGGUUCCCUCCUGUGGUGACACCACAAAACGCUUGUGGAAUUAAGUUUGGAUGCUUUUUGAGUUUAAUAUGACAGAUUUUUAUAAUAAUGUUGCUCUGUCUCUUUCCCCCCUGCAGUACUUGUCUCUGAAGGACAAACUGAGCAUGGCCUGAUGUGAUCUGAGCUGGACCUCACUGUAAAAUACAUAUGCAUCUGUAAAUUGAUGACAUCAACAUAAUAUUUACAAUAUGUGACCAAACAGUCUAGCAGUGUAUAUUUUGUAUUUUUAUUUGUUAAUAUAUAAAAAAAGUAAUAAAAUGGAUUUUGCUAAUACUUUGAUUUUCCACUGUUGUUGUUGCACUGAUGCUACUAUAAUAUCACUUUUAAGGAGUUAUGACGGAACACUCUUAAUCUAUUGACGACCUAAAUUAACCCUACACCUUUUUAUUUUUUCAUAUUUCUUAUUCAUCCAUUCAUCCAUCCAUCCAUCCAUUUUCUAUGCCGCUUCUCCUGUUUAGGGUCGCGUGGGUAUGCUGGAGCCUAUUUCAGCUGACUUCGGGCGAGAGGCGGGGUACACCCUGGACUGGUCACCAGCCAAUGGCAGGGCACAUAUAGACAAACAACCAUUCACACUCACAUGCAUACCUACGGACAAUUUAGAGUCACCAGUUAACCUAACAUGCAUGUUUUUGGAAUGUGGGAGGAAACCGGAGUACCCGGAGAAAACCCACACAUGCACGGGGAGAACAUGCAAACUCCACACAGAAAUGCAUGCUAACCACUAGACCACCGUGCCAAUAUUUUUUUAUUUUAGAAUUGUAUUUUAUUUUAUGAAAAUUGCAAGAAUUAAAAAAAAAGGCAAAUUCGAACCAUUUAGGAUGCAUAUUUGCCAACUUAAAUGUAAACUCACUAUAAGGCAGUGGAACAAUGUGACUUCUCCCAGCCAAUCAGAAAAGAAAAAUAUCAAACAAUGAAUGAAACUAAAUAAAUGAUCAAAACAUUGAUGUAUGAUUAUCAUGAUUAGAUUUUUUUUUCAAUGAAAAAGUGACUUCAGUACAUAAAAUACACUAAUAAUUUUGAGAGGUUUAAAAUGUUACAAUUUUCCCAUGAAGAGUUGAAUGUUAAACAGUAUUUCAGCAAACAACCUUGCUUUGAUCUUCCCGGAUAUGAAGAACACAACCAGUUCAAAUGUGAUAUGAGAUGCUUUAAGAGACAAAAUAUCUCAUACAUUUUUGUGAAUCAAAUAUGACAAAUCUUCACACUUCAUUACAAGGUCUUAAUAGUGAUGCACAAAAUGUUAUCAUAUUGAUCCAGCUUACAAUGCACAGGACCCUCCCAUCAACCUCCCCCUCCACUCACCCUCUGUCCCUUUUGUUGUGGUUGCUGCCAAUGGUUUGGCCCACAAAGCCACUCUGCUGCUGACUGCACUGUCAUAGCAACCAGGAAAUACACACCGUUGUCAGCGUUAGUGUGUGUGCGCGGGUCAGUACGGAGAACGGGGCGAGUGUGUGUCCACCACUACCAUCAUUCCACCGAGGGGGACUCCAUCAAUUUGCACUGCUUGGUCAAGCCGGUGAGUGUGCAUGUGUGUGUUAAUGCCAUAGAAAUGGACAUAAUUAGGGUGUGUGUGUGUGUGUGUGUAGUAGCUACCUCAGAGAUGGCCACCGGCACUGCCGCCACAACUGUGCUGCCCUCGGUGAAGAGUGUGGUGGUGUACAGGAAUGGAGACCCCUUCUUCAACGGCCGCAGGUUCGUGAUCAACCAGCGACAGGUGUCCACCAUGGAGGCCUUCCUCAAUGAGGUGACCCAGAAUAUCGGUGCCCCGCUGGCCGUCCGGACCCUGUACACCCCCAGGCAGGGCCACAAGGUCACGGACUUCCAGGACCUUCAGACGGGGGCACAGUAUGUCGCUGCGGGUUUUGAGAAGUUCAAGAAACUGGACUAUGUGAAUACAGGGGUGAAAAAGCAGCCUGCGACACGUGAUGACACUCAGGCAAAGCUAAUCCAGAGGCCCAAUGUGUCAGCCAAAUGGAGGAAGUUUGUACCAGUGCCGUGUAUAAUACACGUUUUCCGCAACGGAGACCUCCUGUGUCCACCAUUCCGAUUCAUCAUUCCUCGGAGCAUGCAGAGGGACCUGGAGCAGAUCCUGAGUAUGGUCACUGAGAAGGUCAGCUUACGGACCGGCGCUGUGCGUAGGUUGUGUUCCGUGGAGGGGGUGACAGUGACUUCAGCGGGAGAGCUCGAGACCGGCCGCUGCUACGUUGCCGUGGGAACCGAGAGGUUCAAGAAGCUUCCGUAUGUGGAGCUGCUGGUCUCAAAAGCGGCGGAGAGGUAUUACCCUGGAAAGAGACGAACACUGAGGAGAAAUGUGCACAAGAAGCCAGGAAGUGGUCCAGAAGACCAGUGUAGUGACUCCGCUCUUCUCAACUCUCCAGAGUCAGACGGUCGGAGGGUGAAGUCGACGGGUGAUGAAGCGGCUCCUCCGCCGGCUCCGCAGCAACAACAGCAACACACAAGCGACGGAGCAGAGGACGGCUCCCUGUCCUUUGCCAAGCCCGUCAGGAUCCGUAAAACUAGAGGAACCCCGAGACCGCCCCUUGGCAAUGGAACCAUCCAUCGCAGCGUUUUUAAACCAGGAGCACGGAGGAGGAGGGAGGAGGUCAGGGGAGCCGAGGAGGUGCAGGAGGAUGAGAAUACAGCCACGGAACUUCCUGUUGACCAGAGAAUUGCAGAAACAGUGGAGGAUGAGGAGCUGAACAACGCAAAUGAUGCUCUGCACGACACACUAAAAGUUUUGCUGCCAUCUGACCCUGGCGAAGCGGAAAAGACGACAACACGAAACAAAGAAGAGGAGUUUAACGCUGAAAAUUUGGAGUUCAACAAGAUGACGUUGUCCUUGCCCGAUUCUCACAGAGAGAUCCAGGAAAACAACUCGGGUCAUCGGGAUGAAAAGGAGGAUCGAAAAGACGCCGCGCUAUUAGAUGCACUAGCACAGAACCACCACCAGGGAGAAGGAUUAACUGAAGACGCAACAUCACCAUAGUAACUACUCUUUCUGCGCUAAUGAGACAAGUAUUGUCUAUUGUUUUCGUUCCUUUUUUGUAAUUAAAAUCUCUACAAAAAGUAGAACAAAUGCUACAGGGAGUGCAUUCCUGUCUUAG